GUGAAUUUGACCACAAUGAAAUUAUUGAUUGCAUUUGUUGGAAUGUUGGUAGUAGUAUCUGCUAUAGACAUGUAUUCUGGAUAUCCAUAUUAUUACCCAUAUGGAGGACUACGCACUCAAUACCAUUCUCAAGAUGCUUUAGGGCAAUAUUCAUUUGGAUACACUGGUGGACCAUCAAGUCGCCAUGAGCUACGUGCAUGGGAUGGUAGUGUACAUGGAUCAUACAGUUAUAUUGAUGCUAAUGGAAUCCAACAAACAAGAAAUUAUCGUGCCCAUCCAUUACUUGGUUUUCAAGUAGCUGGUACUGAUAUUCCAGUUGCACCAAAAGCUGCAUUGUUGUGUUGUCUGUUUGCGGUAGCAACCGCUAGUUACAGUCCAUAUAAUGGAAUUGGUCUGUAUGGAUAUGGAAGCUAUCAUGGACCUCAACAUCUUCCAGUAAUUGGACCAAAUGGUGUGCCAUUAGAAGAACCUGCAAAUGUAGCAGCUCGUCAACAACAUGCUGCAGCCGUUGUUGAAGCAAAAGCGCGUAAUGGAGAUUAUGGUUAUGGUGGAUAUGCUGGAGCAUACGGGUAUGCUGCUGGUGUACCAGCUGUGGCUUAUGGUUAUGGCCACGGCUAUGCUGCACAUGGUGUACCAGUAAUUGGACCCCAUGGUGUCCCAUUAGAACUCCCAGCAAAUGUUGCUGCUCGUGCACAACAUGCAGUAGCUGUUGCACAAACUAAAGCCCGUGAUUAUGGUUAUGCAGGUGCAUUGUAUGGUGGACACGGAUUAUAUGGACAUGGAUUAUAUGCUGCACAACACGUUCCAGUUAUUGGACCACAUGGUGUUCCAUUAGAACCACCAGCAAAUGUGGCUGCACGUCUCCAACAUGCUGCAGCACAUGCCGCAGCCAGAGCACACACCGGAUAUUAUGGCCAUUGGCGUAAGCGUCGUAGUGUUUAUGGUGCAUAUUAUGGUGGAUAUCCAGGACCACAACACAUCCCAGUCAUUGGACCAAAUGGUGUUCCAUUAGAACCACCAGCAAAUGUAGCAGCUCGUGCCCAACACGCUGCAGCACAUGCUGCUGCUAGUCAUGGUGCCUACUAUGCACCUGGUGCAUAUGGAGCCUAUGGUGGCUAUGGAGCUUAUGGUGCCUAUGGAGCUUAUGGACAUGGAGUACCACUUACAAUUAAUGGUGUACCACAAGACACACCUGCAGUAGCUCAUGCUAAAGUAGCACACUUUGCUGCUGUUGCCGAAGCUAAAUCACGUGUUGGGUUAGGAUAUGGUGCUCCAUACGCCGGGCUUUAUGCAGCUGGGCCAUAUGCCGCACCAUAUGGUUAUGCUCGUUUAUCUCAUAGUGGUCUCCCAUUAGAUACUCCAGAAGUAGCUGCUGCUAAAGUUGCACAUUUAGCUGCACAUGCCGCGGUUGUUUUAUCCUGUGUUUUGGCAGUCGCCUACUCCGCAUACAAUGGUCCAUUAGCUAACAUUGUUAUCGGACCUGGUGGUGUACCUGUAGAACCAGCAGCAAAUAUUGCCGCACGUAAUUUACACGCACAAAAAGUCGCUGAAGCUAGUGGCCAACCUGCAUAUGCUCCAUACAAUCAACAAUACAACCCAGCUCCACAAUACAACCCAGCUCCACAAUACAACCCAGCCCCACAAUACAACCCAGCUCCACAAUAUAACCCAGCUCCACAAUAUAACCCAGCCCCAGCAAACUACGGUUAUGCUCCACAACAAAAUGCUUUACCACAAGAUACACCCGAAGUUGCCGCUGCCAAAGCCCAACACUUUGCCGCUGUAGCUGCUGCUGAAGCCGCCGCUGCACGCAACGGAUAUCAACAACCACAAUCUUAUGCUCCAGCUCAACCCUCAUAUGGUGGAUACGCUCCAGCUGGUCCAGCCGCUGGUUACGGAUAUGCUCCACUUCCACAAAACGGUGUCCCAGUAGACAACCCAGAUGUAGCAGCUGAACGUGCUGCUUUCCUCGCAAAACACGCUGCCGCAACAGCUGCCGCUCAACAAGCUGCCGCCGCUGCUGGACCUAGUUAUUAUUAAACUCAACCUAUUGUGAUGUAAUUUUAAUUUUUUUUUUUGUUUUUGACAGACAUGACUGACUUGAAUUUAAAAAAAGUGAUUGAGCGCUGUCAAAUCAAUUGUACAUUUUCUUUAUGUUUUUAUAUUGACGUACGCAAUUCUUUUGGAUAAAACAAUUACUUUGUA